GUCCGUCCAGCUUCGCCGCGAGCCCGGACCGCCGGCUUCAGUCAUGGGGUCCGCCAGCUUGGCGCGGUUGAACGGGGUCUUUGCGGCCUACAAGCCCCCGGGGCUACACUGGAAGCACCUGCGGGAUACCGUGGAGCUGCAGCUUUUGAAGGGUCUCAAUGCUGGGAAGCCUCGUGCCCCUGAACAGCGUGUCCGCUUCCUGCUGGGCCGGGUGGAAGGCAGCGAAGAGAAGGAGCUGAGCCUCACAGCCACCAGUGUGCCCACCCUCACCAACCACCCGCUGGUGUGCGGACCAGCAUUCACCAGCCUGAAGGUUGGCGUGGGACACCGGCUGGAUGUCCGGGCGUCUGGGGUGCUUGUGCUCGGCGUGGGACAUGGACGCAGCCUUCUUACCGACAUGUACAACGCUCACCUCACCAAGGAUUACACGGUUCGCGGCCUCUUGGGCAAAGCCACAGAUGACUUCUGUGAGGAUGGACGGCUGGUGGAAAAGACGACGUACGACCAUGUAACCAGAGAGCAGCUGGACCGAGUCCUGGCGCUGAUCCAAGGCUCCCAUCAGAAGGCCCUGGUGAUGCACUCCAGCCUGGACCUGCAGACCCAGGAGGCCUAUGAGAUGGCCGUGAGAGGCUUGAUCCGGCCCAUGAGCAAGUCCCCGAUGCUGAUAGCCGGCAUCCGAUGCCUCCACUUUGCGCCUCCAGAGUUCCUCUUGGAGGUCCAGUGCAUGCAUGAGACACAGAAGCACCUGCGGAGGCUGGUGCAUGAGAUCGGCCUGGAGUUGAAGACCACUGCUGUCUGCACCCGAGUGCAGCGGACACGCGACGGCUUCUUCACCCUGGACGACGCCCUCCUGAGGACCCAGUGGGACCUCCACAGCAUCCAGGAUGCCAUCCGGGCCGCAGGCCCCCGGGUGGCAGCAGAGCUGGAGAAGAGCUUGAGCCUGGGGCUGGGCCCCCAGCAGCCACCUGGUGCAGGCCCGCAGUGGGACGGUGAGGGACCAGGCUCUGCCUUCAAUGGCCGGACCCUGGGUGAGGCAGCGGGUGGGUAAACACAGGAGUUGUUCCUGAGCCAGAGCAGAUGACAAUGCAGAAAGAGUCAGGAAUCUCUACUGCAUGUGACGUGAAAUUCUGAAGCUGUAAGAAAGAAGACCUGACACAACUGAAAAGGAAAAAACUGCAAUGGAGGAAAAAGACGGUGAACGAACGCCAGACUGGGAAGUAUUUGCAGGAUGUUUCAUGAAGAACUAAUAUCCAUAAUAUAUAAAGAGUUGUUAUAAAACAAGAAAAAAAUGACAAGAAAUUUGGGCAAAGGACACGAAUUGCUUGUAAAAAUGUAACCAAGUGGCCAGUGAGCCAGAAAUGAUGCUCAACCUUUCUAAUAAUGAAAGACCUCCAGGUGAACAUGAGAUGACUUUUCCUUGCCUUUGGAAAAAAGCAGUAAAAAGAUAACACCCAGCGUUGAUGGCGGGAGAAAUGGGAGCUCUGUGCUGGUGGCAGUGUGACAGGAUGGCAGGAAGCUAGGCAAAUCCCCAGGCAGGUGGGCUGGGGAAACUGAGGCAAGGAAGUUAAACAAGGCCAAACAAUUUGAGCAACUUACAGCCUACUCGUACAUAAAUCACAAACCUUAUUUCCCCUAACCAAGGACACUUAAGAGCAAAUGGUUCAAACCUCCCCUCCCUGACCAGAGAACACAGAGCUUCUGUCACCCUGGUCUGGGACACCACAGGUGUCCAGGAAGGGAGGGGGAGGGAGGACCUAGAAGCUGGCUACAAGCAUGAGACCCAUAAGAAACACAAGAUAAACAACUGUCUUUAAUUGAGCUUAUUCACAGGGUUUAGAGAAGGGGAAGAACAAGACCAGGGUGCACCUGCAGGGAGAAAAUAACAACGGUCAUUCAUCAGCACCCCGUAGUCACAGAAACACCAAAAUAGAAGAGUCUACUCCCUCCCUCCGACUCCAAUAGAAAGCCUGAGCCCUCGCACGCAGGUGCCACUCUCUGGUUCUGAUCCCCAGAUUUCCGCCCUCUGUAGGGCUGAAUAAAUCUUAUUCUUGUUACCGGUGUCCCUGAACUGAAUUCUUUUGGGAGACAACCCAAAUCCGUCCUGGAUUCGGUUCCAUAAUAGUAGGAGUAUACAACUGUGAACUUUUGGUAGUAUAUAUGUAAACUUAAAUUACUGCCUUAUAACUCAGCAGGUACAGUGUCAGGAAUUUAUUAGCUUAGGUUGCAGAAAGCUAUAGAUAUGUGGAUGUUCAUAGUUGCAUUGUAAUAGUUAUAAAUGGGAAUGUAAUUACCAUCUGUUAGUAAAGGACUGCUUAAGGAACUGGCACAUAUAGGGCCAAAGGGAUCUAAUACCAUCAAGAAAAUCAAUGCUCCUACUUUUUUAGCCAUGUUUCCUGCCAAUUUUUUAUUCUUGGCUUUGGACACCUUGGCCCCUGUGUGC